AUGAUUCAGUCACGGGUUUUGAUCUCUACUGAUGACCCAUUGCGAGUAUACAGUACUGUUGUGGACCAACCAGCAGAUCAGGCUAACACCCAGUGGCAGAUGGAAAAUCUGAAAGCAGACAUAUUUGGGAACUUGCACUGCUUUCAUCAGUAUGGGAGUUUUCUAAGGUACCAUGAGGGUGACUUUAUUGCUAAACAACUUGCAAAUUGGAAGAUUUUAAUUAUAGAUUGGAGACCAAAUGGGAAGGUUGUUGAUAGACUAGAGGACAAGCAAAUGGAAACAAAUGAAACUUAUAGAGUUAAUAUUAAGAUUUUUUUAGCGAGCAUUAGGGAAAAUAUAUGGUCCAAGAUAAACUCCGCCCUAAACUUUUUCUUGCUUAGCCCCAGCCUAAUGAGUCCUGGUCUUGGAACUUCAAACUAA